AUGCACUUCACCCGCCGCGCCGUCUCUCCGAGGGCUUCUUUCGUGUUCGACCGCCACGUGGGCACCAUCAAUUCUUCGUUGUCACGACGUCCCCGACUUUCCGAGUGUGUUGAAGAAGAGGACGAGAUUAUCAGCGGAAGUAUUGAGAUCGAGAUGAGGCCGACGAUUCAGGAGAGUACUCCAGUGAUCAUUCUGGAGGAGGACGAAUCCGAGCACAACGAUGAUCUCGGUUCGUUCUCAAUUUGUUUAUUUACACUUUUGCGACCUAGAUAAGGUGAGUCCGAAGGGAACAGCGAAAUAACUAUUACUCAUUCGUCUUUCAAGCUUCGAUUUGUUUAGCGGGUUGUGUCCGGAAGUAUUUCCCCAGUGUUCUAGCUUUCUGCAAAGCCAAGAAAAAAAAUGGUCUACGUGACUCCUACUUCCUCAGAUUUUCUUCUCCGAUUAGAUAAGUCACGUAAAAACAAGUGCAUUUUUUGCCGUGGAGAGACUUUGUAGUUGAAGUGAUCUGGUCAUCAUCCCAUCGCAACUCAUAGUCAGUUUAAGAUCCGAUAUCAAUAUUUACUUUUCGUCGAAAAGUCAACAGCCGUCCGACCGGAGGACACACACUAGACAGAAGAAGAUUUCAUCGAGGAACAGGUCCGCCCGAAGUCGCAAAUGUUCCUCUAUCUUCCUCGGCGACCUUCAGCCGAUUUGUCAUAACUUGUGUGGUGCAGUGUAAUAUUGCAAAGGCCCCUUCUUUCCCACGUGUCAUACGAUGAUGUCCCUUCUCUCUCUCUCUCUCACUCUCUCUCUCUCUCGCUACUUUCUGCCCCUCUUUCCACUUCCGCAAGUCUCUUUUGGCCAGCUUCUCGCUCGCUUUCCGCUCCCAUCGAAUAUACGCUUGGUAGUCUGCAUCUCCACUUUUUGCUCACUAUUUCAUAGACUCUAAGCAACAAAGUCGAUAUAUUUUGGGUCCUUUUACUUUCACAAAAAAAUGUGCUACUUUUUUUUGAAGGUCUGAUUCUGUUGUUCUAAACGGUGUCCUCAAAAAAUAUAGUUGUAGCAGUCAAACAGAAAAAAGAUUUCGUAAAGUAAUCUGUCGAGUGCAGAUGCACUCAAUGCUGUUUGACGAGCGGGCCCAUCUCAUCCCUCUCAUAUUUCGCUCCACCCGACUUUUGAUCUUACUUCUGAGCGGAUGAGCUUGAGUUUGAGGGUAUAAGACCAGUCAACAACAAACAUUGUUUUCUAUUUAUUUGACGCCGGAAGGAAGCUUUUCUUAUCUCAAAUUUGAGUUCAAAAAAGCGGUCUUAUUAGUCACAGUUCCUUUACAAAAACGUAUUCUUCUUUUGCACAGCCCAUCAUAGAAAUUUGACCUUUAAAAGAUGUCCGCGAUUUCGGCUAAUUUUAGAAGGAUGGUAAUCACGUUAGCCUCUUCUACACGUUGAUAACCCACGUGUGAUAAUUCGGUCAACGUGAGUCUCUGCCCUCCGUUUCUCUCCCCCCUCAAACCAUUCCGCUCAUUCUUUUCUUACUCUGUGUCCGCCAUGCAACGCUUUGCCACCGCAGCACUUUCAAAAGGUGAUCUAGUAAGAAAUGUAUGAAAAACGCGAAAAGAAGAACAGGUUUUAUGUGAAUUUCGUCGCUUUUCUGCGCUGGAAAAAGGAAAAAUAAAAUAUUGGCAAAUUUUCAACAAAAAACGAGACGAGCGAAUUGGCCGUCACGUUGGUUUUUUUUAUGGCGGUGAUAAGGAUUGUUGCCAUUUUAUAUCGCAUCAAUGUUGUGGGUACUCUGACCACGGCUAGGUGGUUUCUUAGUUGGAAUCUGACCUUAAUAAGAUUUUUCCCUUGGAUUUUUCAAACUACGCGCAAAGUGUGCAAUCACCGUAAUGACCACCGUAACCUUGAAACAAAACUAUGCCAGAUUUUCAGAAAAAUUUCUUCCAUUUUCUUCCUCUUCUGAACUAUUUUUACAAAUAUUAGUUUUCAGUGAUGUCGGUGGCGCGUUCGGCACGCGUUCACUUCGCGGUCGAUGUCGAAAACUUGCCCGCGCAUCAGUCGGUGUACGUGGUGGGAUCGACUGAUGCGCUCGGUGCUUGGGAAGCCAACCGGGCGAUGCCGCUAGUCCAAGAUCCCGAACGAAAGUGAGUUUUGACCUAUGAAAGUGAAAACCCUUUGCGCUUUUAAGAAUCCGUUGGAAAGGAUCGAUAAUGACUGAUGUCGAUCAGCUCAAGUUCCGCUAUUUCAUCGGCUACAAUCUGAUGUCUGACGAGGGAGAGAAGCUGGUUGUAGGUAAGAAAAUGUUUUAAAAAGUCUAAAGAUUACAUUUAACAUUGCAGACCGAUGGGAAGCUUUUCUUCAUCCACGCUCUACGCUUUGCAACGUCGAGAGCCGCAACGGAGAAUGCCGCCAAGAUCGUGUGGAUAUCUUCGGAUAUUAUGGUAAGUUUCACAAAAAUUGGAAAUCCUUGUAACUUCUUUUUUCACGUGACGUUGGUAAAACUCGGCCGAUAUCAACAGUUUUUGCGUUCAAAUAAGCGAGUUCUCUUACCUGAGGUCACGUGAAUUCAUACAUAUUCACUAGUUCGUUACCGUAAUAAUGAAACAUCUUUCAGCUGGUAGAAAAUGCGUGUCGGACGGAUGGCUUCAGCACGCCGACGAGAAUCAAAUCUUGCUCCGCCUUCACGGGAACGCUCUGAAAUUCUACAAAACCUCCAAAGACCGAAAGAACUGUCGUGUCAAAAUGACGCCGCUGGAUGUACGAUACAAGCAGCCGACCAGCGGACACAUCAGUUUCAGCUACGGAGAAGACGAGGAGGACGACGAAGACGACUCGAAUGUUCCGUCGAACAAGUGCACUCACUCGGCCACCCAUGUUGCCGUCCUCUCCGAUCCACGCCCGAAGUUCUAUGAUCAGGAGGAGACUGGAGUCGUCUUCAACAACAAUAAGGACUAUUUGGUGUUUCGUACCCAUUCACUGGCCGUCGAAUUUCUCACUUUCUAUAUUGAAAUAUUCUCGGAGGAGCGCAAACGAAUCGGCGCCUGCUACGCCCUUCCGUCCUCUCUCCAGGACGCUUCCGGAACCAUCCACCUGCCAUUCAUUAACUCUUCGGGCCGUCCGAUCGGUCAAGUUUCCAUCGAGUAUCUUUGCGUUCGUGCGUUGACCCGUCUGAAUGUUCCGCAGCUCAUGGAGCAGACGUUCUGUCGUCACUGGAAGAAGAGAAACAAUGCGUUGGAAGUGGGACAUCGUGGUGCCGGAAACUCGUACACAAAGUUCGCGAUGGCCAGGGAGAAUACGAUUCAUUCGCUGAACACGGCAGCCAAAAACGGAGCGGAUUACGUUGAGUUCGAUGUGCAACUGACGAAAGAUCGCAUCGCCGUCAUCUACCACGAUUUCCACGUGCUAGUGUCAGUGGCCAGAAGAGAUGGACAUGCUCAUCCACCUCCAAUGACUCGCGAACAGGUCGAUGCAUCGAACCUGGACUUUCAUGAGCUCCCGGUCAAAGAUCUGAAGCUCUCGCAGCUCAAACUCCUGAUGCUCGACCACUUGAGCUUCCCGCAGAAGAAGAAAAAUGUGAAGAAACUUGUGGAAGCUGAAGAAGAGGAGGAAGACUUCAAACCGUUCCCGACAUUAGUCGAAGCUCUUACCAAAGUGGAUCCGGAUGUUGGAUUCAAUGUGGAAGUGAAGUAUCCGAUGAUGCAGAAUGUUAGUUUUAAGUGCGAUUUUGCUUUCAGAAAAACCAAAGUCUCGUAACCUUUUCCAAAUUUACAUUGCUGCACGUGAUCUUCGUAUUUACUGGAGGUCACGUGAAAUUAUUACAAAGGCUGAAAAAUGUUUAUCCUACGUAACGAAUUACUUCUCCAACCCGUGCCUAUUUUUCAGAACGGAGAGCACGAGUGCGAUCACUACUUUGAGCGAAAUCUCUUUGUCGACAUCAUCCUCGAAGAUGUGAUGAAACACGCGGCCAACCGAAGAAUCAUGUUCAGCAGUUUCGAUCCGGAUAUCUGCUCGAUGGUGGCUACCAAGCAGAACAAGUAUCCAGUGCUGUUUUUGUGUGUUGGCGACACUCAGAGGUACACUCCAUUCCAAGAUCAGAGAACGAGCACGUCGAUGACUGCCGUCAACUUUGCCGUCGGAGCCGAUCUUCUCGGCGUUAACUUCAAUUCAGAAGACCUUCUCAAGGAUCCAAUGCCAGUCAAAAAGGCCAAUGAGUUCGGAAUGGUCACAUUUGUUUGGGGAGAGGAUCUGGACAAGAAGGAGAACAUCCAGUAUUUCAAGAAGGAGCUGGGAGUGGAUGGAGUCAUUUACGAUCGUAUCGGAGAAGAGGAACGUCGUCGCAACGUGUUCAUUGUGGAGCGAGAGCAGAAGAAAGCUCUGUUGAGUUGCUCCGGAGCCAGCACUCCACAACGUGCUCCAUCGCCGUCGCCAGCCAGCGCCGAGAACAACAAUUCCACGCCGCCAGAAACUGCAAAGACGACACGCAGAACACACUCGGAUCCGGCGUUGUUGGAGGAGACCGAGGAGGAAAGUGUUGAGGUAGAAAUCGUCGGAUCGAAUUCUUAGAAUGAGUUGCAAACUUAUUUUUGCAGAGCAUCACGGAUAAACUGAACAUUUCGAGCUUCCAAACUGCGCCAAUGGUCUCUACAAAAUAG